CUAGUGCUAUGGCCUCCCGCGGGGGUCCCCGCGCCGCCGGCACCGAUGGCAGCGACUUCCAGCACCGGGAGCGCGUGGCCUCGCACUACCAGAUGAGCGUGGCCCUCAAGUCGGAGAUCAAGAAGCUGAUCUACAUGCACGUGGGCAUCUGGCUGCUGCUGCUGGCCCAGAUGUGCGUGGGGCACCUCAAACUGCUGCCCCACGACCAGGUGGCUAUGCCCUACCAGUGGGAAUACCCCUACCUGCUCAGCAUCCUGCCCUCGCUCCUGGGCCUCCUCUCCUUCCCCCGCAACAACAUCAGCUACCUGGUGCUCUCCAUGAUCAGCACUGGCCUCUUCUCCGUGGCUCCCCUUAUCUACGGGGCCAUGGAGAUGUUCCCCAUGGCGCAGCAGCUCUACCGUCACGGCAAAGCUUACCGCUUCAUCUUCGGCUUCUCGGCCGUCUCCGUCAUGUACCUGGUGGUGGUGGUGGCCGCCCAGGUGCACGGCUGGCAGCUCUACUACAGCAAGAAGCUGCUGGACUCCUGGUUCACCAGCACGCAGGAGAAGAAGAAGAAAUGAGUGGGGAUGGGUGGGCUCUGUGAGGGCUGGAGCUCCGCAGCCAGGCCCCGUGGGGCAGCGCUGGCGCAGCUCUGGUGGGUGGGGGCCCACGGGGACCAACGUGCGUGUCUGAGCCAUGCCACGGCUCUGUACUCACAUGCGGGGGGUGGGGACCCCCUGGUUUGGGGUGGCCCCUGGGGCGCGGAGGGUCCCUGGGG